AUGUCUUCAACCACUAGAGCUACACCUGGUGAACUUGCAUCUCCAGAAGCCUAUUGGCGCGAUCGUCAGAGGUGGCUUCUCGAUCACGGUUAUAUGCUUCGGCCGCGGUACAGGACGGACUGGAAACCUUCAUGGCUUGGAACAGACAAAGAAUAUUUUGAUUGCGAGGAUAGGCAUCCCGCGAGCCAUGCGUACAUCUUGGACGCAGUCCGCGAGAAGGAUGGGACAGUGGUUAUACUCAAGAAAGUUAAGAAGCGAAACCACUCCGAUCCUAUCUUCGAGGUCCUGCAAGAUCCCCUCGAUGACGACAUUGUCUUAUUAGUGAUGCCAUUGCUCCGACUUUACGAUGAUCCCAGGUUUGAAACAGUUGGAGAGGCUGUCGAAUUUUUCCGUCAAAUGAUUGAGGGAAUGGCUUUUAUGCAUAGAUAUCGUGUCGCUCAUCGCGACUGCAGCCAACUAAAUACCAUGAUGGAGCCCACGAUGUAUCCAGACUUGUAUCAUCCGCUGUUAGACACCGAGAAGCCGGAUCUCAGCGGAUCUGCCAAGUGCUAUACGCGGAUACGACGACCUACAAAGUACUACUACGUGGAUUUUGGAUUGUCUAGGAAGUACGAUCCGAAAGACAGUCCUUCUUUGGAGCUCCCAAUCCUAGGCGGGGAUAAGAGUGUUCCGGAAUUUCAGGGAGAAGGUUAUAACAAAGCGAGUGAUCCCUUCGUUACCGACAUCUACUAUCUGGGAAAUUUGAUGCGACAGGGCUUCUUUGAGAGGUAUCGCAGAUUGGAGUUCCUGGACUCUCUCAUUGCCGACAUGGUGCAAGAAGAGCCAGGGAAGCGUCCGACAAUUGAUCAAGUCGCUGAUCGCCUUGCCGAAAUUCAGUCGAAGUUAUCAUGGUGGAAGCUUCGCCCGCAAAUCGUCCGAAGGCAUAAUGGGAUGUUUGUACGCUUUCUGAAAAGCAUGAGGCAUGUAUACCGUACAGCUGGAUAUGUUAUUAUGCGUCUUCCACCAGUACCCGUUCUCUCGUAG